AUGUUAACGUCGAGGAAGGGUAGCCGCCGCCGCCGCCGCCGCCGCCGCGGGGGGGGGGAGGGGGGCGGAGAUACGGCGCGCGAGCGGCGAAGGGGAGGGGAAGGCGGCUCGGCGGGCUCGUCCUUCCCAGCGGCCCCGUUAACUUCGCAGUCGUUCUCGGCGCUUGUUUGUGUGAUGGUUACUUCGUCUGCAGAGGUGGUUGUAGUGAGGUUGGGGCGACCUACAUUCCAGCCCGCGCUGAGAAAGGAAGGAAGCGGCGGCGGCGGCGUCUCGCCAGCUCCUUCGCUACUCGAGAGUCGAUUUGCGGACGCUCGGCCCCAUACCGCCUCCGCCCGCGCCGAGGUCAAUGAACGUGCCGGCUGGCCUGUUGAGAGCUCAGCUCGCUCGUCGCUUGCAGAACAACCAGAGUCCUUAAGUUUCCAGGUCAAGGAGUCCCCGGCUAGUUCUAUACUAGUGUUCAAGUUCAUAUUUCAAGAAGACGUCACCAUUAUGACUCGCAUGAAAAAGUUUUGUGCGUACCGACACUUCUAUAGAAUACUAGAAAUAAGGAACGGUGCCAGUCUGCCUGGGGACGGGGGGAGGCCAAGGCGGAGGAAGCCGCCAAGCCCCGUGGCGGGCGGGCGUCAGUGCGAGCCGAGCCGGAGCACGGAGAGGAGCGAGGCGGUUGUUGGGAGCUGUUGGCAGCGGACGGGCAGGGAGUGUUGGGCGGCAUGGGUGGACGCCGGGAUAGCUGGUGGCCCGCGCUCGACUGCUGGAUCUGGAGGUCUGUACACGGAGACGGCCGAGGAGCACGCCUAUCCUUUUAGUGGGACAAAUAAACACACAUCUGAUAAACCAAAGGGCCACGGCCAUGAACAACAUAAAAUUGGAGAACAAGAUGAAUUAGCAUCUGCGUGCACGCUGUGCAGUGUAUCUGCAUUGUCAACGCCUUCUUCUCCUACAGCACCACCUAUUCCUGGUGUAGGUGGUGGUGGUGCUGUUGCUGGUACUGGUAGUGUUGCAGAAUCUACUUCCAAAGUGGCAAAUGCCCUUUCUCAGUCACCUGAAUACGUGCGGAAAACGGCUCGUUUAUUUGAAGGCUCUGAAAAACAGCAAGAACUGGAAGAAUCUGACUUCUUAAACAUUCCAGCUGCAAAAAAGCCAUCAUACCUUGGCCUAGCUUGUUCUUUAAGUGGAUAUAGUGGACUAACAUCGUACGACAGUAAACUGCGGGAAGGAUUUCGUACUCGUGAUAAAAGUCCUGCUCCUCCUCCACCUCGACCUCUUACUACCAGCAGCAUGUCCAAAACCUCUCCACCCACUGUAAAUGGAAUUGGCAGCGGAUCCACAACAAAUGGCAUGCCAACAGUAAGCCCACGAUCGACUCGUGGAACAACGGACAUGCUCAAUGGGAGAAUAUUCGAGGAUAGGAAUCAACAACCAUCAAGUUCCAAAGAAUUAGGAGCUUCUACUCUAAGGGAAUCAUCUCGACAAUUCAUGUCAACCAUGUUGUCUGAUGAGGUGGAUUAUGCUCAUUGCACACGGAUGUUAAACGUUACGCAUUCUCUUGGACCCUCUCCUACCACACCAAAAGAUACUUUAAAUUCAAGCAACAGUUCACAUUAUGCCCUGAAAAGAUCCCCAGGAACUGUUAGAGUUGUUGAGUUUACUUCACAAAGCAAGAGUUAUGUUAGUGCCAUUGUGUCAUCAACUUCUUCGAGAACAUCAAUUCAGACUGAAUCUACAGAAUUCCAUCAGUAUUCAUCUGAAAUUGUUGGUGUAAAUGGUGCUGAUGCUCAACAGGACACUCCAAAACCAUCACGUUCUCCUCAUACUUCACGUUUAGAUACAGAAUCUGCUGUUCCGGCAGGAUACUGCACCCCGAAGUCAUUUGUACAGCAACGAAUAGAAAGACUUUAUGGCCCUGGUGCUCUUGCACAAGGAUUCUUUUCUCGCACAAGACAACAGUCAUUAACUGAAGAAGAGUCAUCACCUCAGGGUGCUGAUACAAGUGGAACCAGCUCUGCCGGAAGUCCAGCACUGCCAGUUUUGAGACAUUUAAGACCAGAGUUUCGUGCACAACUACCUCUCACGCCAGCUAGCACGAUCAGAAGUCCUCGUCGCAUUCAGAGAGAGUUACCUAGUUCACUUGAGUCUCCAAAUACUCUUCCAAUCUUGCAGCAGCAGACCUCUGUGGAAAGUAUCUCUGAUUCACAACCAGCUGCUCCUGAAGUGCCUGUUUUAGUGGGAGAUAGUCUACCAGUAGCAAGUGCACUUUCCUCUGGAGAAGCUCUGAUGUCUCCAUUGUUGUGCAAAGAAGUUGGCAGUUCUAUAAAACAUGAUCAACCUACAAAUAUAUCUCGCGGAGAUGCCACACAAGGAGAAACAUUCCCAGUGCAGCCACCUGCUCAUGACAAAGCAGAAUUGGUUACAAAAGAAGAAGAAAAAAAUGGUCACUAUUUCUUACAAGUUCUGAGAUCUGAAAUUCAGCGACUGUCCAAGUUGGUGGAAUCCGCAGAAACAGAGCUGGAAAACAACAACAGUCUACCAGAAGAAGCCCAGGGAAAGUUGAGAGCUGCAUCUGGACAAGCUAGAUUGUUGAUGAAACAAAAACUACAGCAAUUUGAGGGACUGUGUCAUAAAAACAUUAAUCAGAGCCCUGAUGAAGUCUUCCCAACUACAUCCCAAGAUUUAGCUGGAUUUUGGGAUAUGGUAAAGCUGCAAGUAGACCACGUGGAUAGAUUGUUUGUAGAGAUUGACCACCUGAAGAGUUGUGGAUGGGUGGAGGCUGCCAAUGAAAAUCCUGGAGGCAGUGUGGGGAUUAGUACUACUUCUGCUGGAGCACGUCGCAGAACUGCUGGUCGACGAUCUACCCAAAGUUCAGUUGGAGGAAGUAGGUCGAAAAGUGGCGCAGAAGAUCCAAAAAAAGGCGAAGGUGCUCGUAAAAAGGAAGAACUGGCACAAGCAAGGAAGCGUAUGAUGGAGGAGAAAAGGCGCAUGUUGAAACAACAGCAACAACAAGCAAAAGAACAGGAGAACAUUGAAAUUUUUGUGCCACAUGAAAAUGGAAAAUAGCAGUGGUAAUGGAUGUAUUUACAUAAUGCAAGUAACAUUAAUAAGAAGAAACAUCAAAAUGGAAAAAUGUCAAACUGCUUUCUGACAUUUCCUGUUGUAAGACCUGUGUAUAACUCUUAAGUUUAAUAUUAUUACAUUACUCGAAAAGACAUUAAUUGUAUAAUUAAAAGUUUUGGGGUAAAAAAUUUAAUUUGCGUAACAUGCAGAUACCACCAACUUCGAAAUAUUUGUAAAGAUUCAGUUCUAUGUAACUUGUUAUUUUUGUUGUAUAAGUGAUAUUGUAUGAUUGAGUCUUGUGUGCAUGGCUUUUUAUUGCAAGUGGUGAACAUAUUGAUAUUACUAUGUAUGGCAAUCUUCUAUGAGAUUUUUGAGAAUGAUGAGACGUUUUAAAAAGUAUUUUAAUCAAUUUUUCAUUUGUGUCGCAAAUCGAGGUGUGAACUUGCAGCCUGUGAUAACUUACUUUGAUUAGGAAAGGUGUUGCAGUAAUUUGUGCCUCUACCCAAGAUCAGUAAUUUGCCUCUGGCAUUUGAUACUGUAUGUACAUGAUUUGGGUAUGAAAACUUAUUAGUUCUUUUAUCUGAUUGAAUGAAGUGUGUAAUCAUCAGUUCUUUUGCCAGCUAAAACUUUUGUGCAAACUUCAGUUGAGAACUUCGUGUGUUUAUAUCCCCAUACAGCUAGACAAAAAUCAGAAUUAUUGCAACGCUCACUUUUGCUGGGGUUUUAAAAAAAAUUAGAUGAAAGGAAUGGAAAAGUAAUUCAGAAUGCAUUUUUGUUCAAUCAAAACUUGCGUUAAAUUAUUUAUUUCGAAAAAAAGCAGUGGUAGGCAUUAUUGUAUGCAUGCUAAAGCUCAAGGUUGACUAGCCUUGGGUCACCUAAGCAAAUAAAUUAGUAAUUGUUACAUAAUACACCUUAUAUGUGCCUCAUGUAUUUAUAAACUGAACUUAUUGACUUCCUUAACUCAAUAUGUCUAGUUGAAUGAAACAGCAGUUGUCACAUGAUCACUCAAGUGCAACAAUCUCAAAUGUUCCCAAUGUGUAGAUACUUAAUGCAGGUGAACAAUUCAAUCCAACUGGAAAUACUAUUGUUGCUGUUCCUGCUGCUAACAUGCUAUUCUUGCUGGUGAUGUUGCUGCCACCACUUCUGCUGUCACUGCUGCUGCCACUGCUACUACUGUUGGUGUUGCUAAUGCAGUGCAAUGCAAAAUGACUUUUAUUCUAGAAGUGCCUGUAACAACCCUUGUAGAGACAUGUUGAAUGUGAUGUACUGCUUCCUUUCUACAUGUAACUUGUAAACAAAUAAUCAUUUUGCAGAAAAAAAUGUACAUAAUUCUAAAGAUCUAAAUAUAUCAACAUAUUCUGCGAGGUUUUUGUGAAUAAGGAAUUUCCUGUAGUUAAUAUUUUAGAUAUUCAACUUAAGAUUUUACAUGCAUGAAUUACUCAAUUCUAAUUUUAUCACUGAUUUUAUCUGCUUUUUAUCAAAUGCUAAGGUUAUUGGCUUAGUAUUCUAAUUCUGACAUUUAAUUUCAGAUACUUUAUUUCUUUUCAAUGAUAAUGGAAAAAUUGAGUAGUAUUCUGGCCAUUUUUUUUCAAAAUAAUGGAAAGCAAGUAUUUGCGGUCAAAAUAUGAAAUUAAAACGGAAUCUUCCACUUUGAUACCAUGUUCUUGAAAUUUUAAAGAUGUAUUGAAAGUAAAUGAGCAUCUAGGUGAAGUGAUAAAAUGGCAAGUAAUAACACAUCCAAGGGCUAAAACUUUUCAGAUCAAUGUUUACCGAAUUAUAAUUGUGUAGUUAAAUCAUUGAUCACUUCAAAAAUAUUGAAUAACUUGAAUGCGCUCGAUUUGCAAAAUGAUAAGUUUAACGUAAGUAUUUUUGGAACACCCAAACUCUGUAAUGAAUUCAGUGUCGAUAUGCAUCUCUAAGAAUUGUGGGUCUCUUGGUUAAAAUGUGCCAUAUGUCUAUAAGACAACUACCCUAAGAUUUCCAUCUAUGGAUUGGGAGAGGAUGAGAACUUCCCUGUUGAAAAUUGUGCUUGGGAGGACAAUAGAAAUCCCUUACAGGAUGUGAUUAGGGUACACAGAAUCUGAUAUUUUAGUAUUAAAAGCACUGGCUCGUGAACUCGCUAAGCACUACAAACUACCCUGAGCAAAAUUCAGAUUUUGUCAUGCUCAUAAUUGUUCUGUGGCAGAAAUGAAAGUAAAGUCUUUGGACUGGACAUGCCAUUCAUUAAAUUUAAAAAAAAAACGCUUAGGUUUUGCUUUUUGUUUUGUUUUAAAAAAAAAUAAUAACUUGCAUUUUUUAAGGGGCAGGCCAGCCCCACUCACUGUGGAUGGGGAAAAUGGAGUUCACUGGCAUAGACAAAUGUAAUAUUAAUAAGUAGACCCUGGAAGUUCAGGCAUAUAUUUUACCUAAAAGGCAUUUAUUUUUAUUAAUAAUAGGCUAAAGUAGGGGUGUAAAAAAAAGGCAUGUAAACAAUGAAAAUUCACUUUUAAAGGUAAUUAUUGUAAUUAUAUU